UCUACGCUUUCGGUAACCGGAAGUGUUGUGUUCGCUGCGUGUGCUUCAGUCGGUGUGUUUAUCAGCUGCUGUCAUUAAUUAAUUUACUUUAAUUUAACGGAAUUUAUUUUAUUUUGCUGUGACUGUGAGUCUGUCUGUGUUCAAACGGCGGGAAAACACGUCACCAGGAUGAAGCUCCGGGUUCGGAUCAGCCGUCAGACCAGCCGGGUGGAGUUACCGGGAGCAGAACCGAGUCUGAGGGAGCUGCUGGACCACGUCCGGGACACGGUGCUGCCUUCUCAUGGACUCAGCGCAGACACACACUUCAGUUUGUCUCUGAACGGUUCUGAGGUUCUGACGGACUCCGGUCAGACUCUGUCGUCCUGCGGCAUCGUCUCCGGGGAUUUGAUCUGCGUCGUCCUGGCUGAACCUGCCAACGCCAACGCCAACCAGUCCUCCACCUCCACCUCCACCUCCACCAACACACCGAGCAGCAGCACAGAGAACCAGAGGACAGAGCAGAACCAACAGAACCAACAGAACCAACAGACCGCGGACAUGACGUCCAACCAGCCCGACAGCAGCUCUGUGGCGCCGGCAGACUCCGAGCAGACGUCUGCAGACCCGCUGGACUCCGUCGGACCUUCGGCGUCCACCUGGGAGCCGAUGCUGUGCAGCGAGGCCGAGGACGGGCAGGCGCCGCUCUCUCUGGACCUGCUGUACCACUCGGCCCAGACCGCCAGCCCCAGCGACGCCAUCAUGGUGGCCGGACAUCAGCUGAUGCUGGAGACCGGGUUUCUUCCUCAGGGCUCUGAGCUGCAGCCGGCUGACAUGCCUGCAGGGUGGAGGUCGUCAGCUGGACUCUACAAGCUGCAGUACACCCACCCUCUGUGCGAGCACAGCCUGGCCAUGGUGCUGUCGGUGUGCAUGGGCCCCGUGCUCGUCAUCAACGCGACUCUGAAGGUGAACCAGACCGUGGACGCGGUCCGUAAACUGUGUCUGAACCCCUCCACCUACGUGACCGACGAGUGGCCAGGAGGAAGUGCAGCGGCGGCGUUCAAAGAUCUGAACAAACUGUCCCGGGUCUUCAAAGACCAGCUGGCGUACCCGCUGAUCGCCGCCGCCCGAGAAGCGAUGGCGCUGCCGGUGGCGUUCGGUCUGGCGGCUCUUCCUCCGGAGCUCCUCCUCAGAGUCCUCCGCCUGCUGGACGUCUGCUCCGUGCUGAGGCUGUCGGCAGUCUGCAGGCGCUUUAACGCGGCCACGGCCGACUCCACGCUGUGGAGACACCUGUACCGCCGAGACUUCACAGAUUCAGAUCCCAGCAGACCCAGAGACACGGACUGGAAGGAGCUUUACAAACGCUCUCACAAACUUCGCUGUGACCUCCGGCGAGUUCGCCACCGCUCCCUCCCGCCGUUCCCCCGACUGCCCCGAGACAUCUUCAACCCGCUGCCCGUCCCGCUCCACCCGCCGCUGCCCGGGAUCAUCGGCGGCGAGUACGACCAGAGGCCGAACCUGCCCCACGGCCUCCUCCCACGACCCCGCUACGACCCCAUCGGCCCGCCUCGAGUCCGACCGACGGGAAGACGACCUGCAGACGUCCGGCGAGGUUUCAUCUGAUUGGUCUGGACAGGAAGUGAUGUCACUGUUUGGGGAUGUUUGAUUUCAGCUCCGAUCAGUCGACAGAAACUGAGAUUAAAGACGUUUCCUGCAGCUUCAUGGAUUUAUUCUUAUUAUUUAAUAAAAUAACAGAGUCAGACCUCUUUGUCUAACAAACCGUCUGAGCUGUACGGAAGCCCAUCAGGGCCAAGAAAAGAGAAAAUAUGUGAAAUGACAAAGAGGUAAGUCAAAAUGACGAGGCGGCAUCAUCGUCAUCAUAGUUUGUGUUUUUACUAACAAAGUUCAAGAUUUCUGACUAAAUAUGACAAAUAACAAACACUGGAAUAAUCUGCAUUAAACAGAAACAGAAACUA